CAUUCAGAGACGAGAAGCCGAGACCGAGGCCUCCGCGUGUUUGGAUGAGUGACGGUCGGUCACGUGAUUCUACACGUUUGCGACGUUUUCGUGUGCACAGCGGGAUUCCGUUCGAGCGGCUGGGAGCAGGCUUUUGGAGUUCGUUGCAGGUUUCGUCGGCGAAAAAGCCACCGCUGGAAGGGGAAAAAAAGUGUCUCUUAUACCAGAUAAGGCACUUCGACCUGCUUCUCCGACAAGCGACUCCCAGUAGCAGGUGGGCAUCAUCCGGACGUGGGGCCCGUGUUCGAGUAGUCUGAGCGAUGAAGGUGGAAGUGGCCAGCAAGCGGAAGAACAUCCUGGGAGAGGGCCCUCACUGGGACGAGCGAAGCGGCACGCUUCUCUUCGACGAUGCCCGUGGUCCCGAGGUGGUCCGCUACGAUCCGCAGUCCAGGACCGAGACGGAGAUCCUCAAGCUCGACUACGAGAUUGGCAACCUGAUCCCGUACGCCGAGGACAACCGGAAGCUCAUGGUAUGCAUGGGCAACGGCGUUUACAAGGUGGACCUCGACACCAAACAAAAGACGCUGCUGGCCGAGAUGCUGGACAAGGACUCCGCCGUCCCUACGCGUAUCAAUGACGGAAAGUGCGACGCUGUGGGACGCCUCUGGGCCGGUUCGAUGCCCAUCGACGUCGACCUCGAGGGUAUGGUCCAGGGGAAGAACAACUUCUGGUCUUACUCCAAAGGCCAGCUGAAGCACAAGCUCGACAAGAUUUCUCUUUCCAACGGGAUCACGUGGACGGCCGAUAACAAGACCAUGUUCUACAACGACUCCGUGCCCGGAAAGGUCUUCGCUUUCGACUUCGACCUCGCGUCCGGCGAUAUAAGUGAGUGCGUCUUUCAUGAGCGUGGCUUACGACAAUCGACUAGGUUCUGUGAAAUUGAAUAG